CCCGAGGGUUCAGGUGGAUACCGGCUGCUAGCAGCAGGUAAACCAGUCCAAACCCGAGUCCGAACAGGUCUGGACUCUUCUGUCAGCAGGAACCUUACAACUGAGGGAGUUUCUCUGUAACUUCGCUUAAAUUAGCUCAGAGGAGACGACCAGUUUCUGAUGUGUGACUUCCAACCAGUAAAACCUGAAAGUUCUGCUCAGGUUGUAAACUACUGGACUGGACCAAGUCCACACUUUAUUUUCCUCUGACUUCGACUUAAAGGAGAGACACGUGACCUGCAGGAAAGUCUGGCUAUUACCUGUAAGAACAUUACCUGGAUGAAAGGAGCUGAAUGGCAGCAGUGAAAACUGAGAAGAGACCUGCAGCUGAUUGUCAGGAUGCAGAUUCAAAUGCUAAAAAGCCCAGGAAACUGCUGCCCAGCCUGAAGACCAAGCGAGCCCCCGAGCUGGUCCUGGUGAUCGGUACAGGGGUGAGCUCUGCCGUGGCCCCGCAGGUGCCCGCUCUGCGCUCCUGGAAAGGCCUCAUCCAAGCCCUGCUGGACGCAGCUAAUGACUUCGACCUGCUGGAGGAGGAGGAAAACCGACGUUUCCAGAAGCACAUGCGGGAGGAUAAGAAUUUGGUGCACGUGGCCCAUGACCUCAUUCAGAAACUUUCCCCGAGGACCGGGAAUGUGCGCUCCACCUUCUUCAAAGACUGUCUGUACGAAGUGUUUGACGACUUGGAGUGCAAGAUGGAGCAUGCAGGAAAGCAUCUUUUACGCUCAGUUCUGCAGUUAAUGGAGAGCGGGGCGCUGGUUCUCACCACAAACUUCGACAACCUGUUGGAGAUUUACGCCGCCCACCAGGGCACCAAGCUGGAGUCUUUGGAUCUGACAGACGAGAAGAAGGUGUUAGAGUGGGCUCAGGAGAAGAGGAGGUUAAGUGUUCUGCACAUCCACGGUGUUUACACCAACCCCAGUGGUAUCGUGCUGCACCCUGCUGGAUACCAGAACGUACUGAGGAACACCGAGGUCAUGCGUGAGAUCCAGAAGCUGUACGAGACCAAGUCUUUUGUGUUCCUCGGCUGCGGGCGCACAGUAGACGACACCACCUUCCAGGCCCUGUUCCUGGAGGCGGUCAAACACAAGUCAGACCUGGAACACUUCAUGCUGGUGCGCCGGGAAGACGUGGGGGAGUUCAAGAAGCUGCGCGACAACAUGCUGGACAAGGGCAUCAAGGUCAUCUCUUAUGGUGACGAGUACGCUGACCUGCCCGAGUACUUUGAGAGGCUGGCCAACGAGAUCUGCAACAGGGACGUCACAACCAACACCUGUGGGUCUCCGUCCCCACAUGUGGAGGAACAGCAGAACGGCUUCUGCACACAGAAAAACCUCCUCCAAGGUUAG